AUGAGCGCUCCAGGCAAAGACGGUAGCAACUACCCCACCAACACCGGUGCUGCCUAUCAGCAGACAUACGGCAACCAACAGCAACAGGGGUAUUUCCCACAGCAAGGAGGUAAUGGUCAACAACAGUACCCGUAUCCCAAUUCCCAGCAGCAGCAAUACACCCAGCAGCAACAGUUCCAAGCUCAGCAGUACCAGCAGCCCAAUUCCGCGGGUUACGACGCCAACGGCCUCGCGCAGCAGCUUCAGAAUCAACACCUCAACCCCAGGCAGGGCAAUGCCAGUCCAGGCUCGCCACAACGACCCCGUACUAGUGGAAGUUUACAGGCUGGUGGUGCUGUAAAAGAUGAUUACGUUGUUUUCCAGAGAGAUGAUAGUACCUUCACAUCCUCGACCAGGGAAAGGGCAAAGGCUUUAAAGGUAAAGGUGGAGCUUCAUUACAACCAGAGUGUCGGAUAUGCUGUGGAGAGAAACCAACGACGCGUGGAGCUUGAGCAAGAACUCGAUGCGGGAAAGAUGUCGGAUGAGCGCAAGAAACGUCGUCGACAGCAGCUGGGUAAACAGGAGUCUCAAUUUCUUCGUUUACGAAGAAUGAGGCUACAUGCCGAUGACUUCCUGACGGUCAAGGUCAUUGGAAAGGGCGCGUUCGGUGAAGUUCGCCUUGUACAGAAGAGAGACACAGGAAAGAUCUACGCUAUGAAAACACUUCUUAAAUCUGAGAUGUUUAAGAAGGACCAGUUGGCGCACGUCAAGGCUGAGCGAGAUGUUCUUGCGGACUCAGACUCGCCGUGGGUCGUGAACCUCUUUUACUCAUUCCAGGAUGCGGUCUAUCUAUAUCUCAUCAUGGAGUUCUUACCAGGAGGAGAUUUGAUGACAAUGCUCAUUAAGUACGAAAUCUUCACAGAAGACGUUACGAGGUUCUACAUGGCACAGUGCGUGUGCGCCAUUGAAGCUGUGCACAGGCUAGGUUUCAUCCAUCGAGAUAUCAAGCCGGACAACAUCCUUAUAGACAAAGAUGGGCACAUAAAACUUUCCGAUUUCGGUCUUUCAACAGGUUUCCAUAAGACUCACGACCAGAAUUACUACCAACGUCUACUCGAGGGAGGUUCUAAUACCCCCAGCGAACAGCAAAACAACACUCGAGCCAGGAACUCGGUCAUGGUUGACGCAAUCCACCUCACUGUCUCAAAUAGAAACCAAAUCAACACAUGGCGUAAGUCUCGACGCCUCAUGGCGUACUCAACCGUCGGAACACCCGAUUACAUCGCGCCGGAAAUCUUCUUGCACAAUGGUUACGGACAGGAAUGUGAUUGGUGGAGUUUGGGAACGAUUAUGUUUGAGUGUCUUGUGGGAUGGCCACCAUUCUGCGCGGAGGAUGCGCAUGAAACAUACAGGAAGAUUGUCAACUGGCAGACACAGCUGUACUUCCCCGAGGAAAUCCAAUUGAGUCCCGAAGCAGAGGACUUGAUUAGGUGUUUGAUUACAAGCGCAGACAAGAGAUUGGGGCGCCAUGGCGCGGAUGAGAUUAAAGCGCACCCAUUCUUUGAUGGUGUCGAUUGGGACAGUUUGAGGAAAAUUGAGGCGCCCUUCAAGCCGAAUUUGUCGAGUAUUACUGAUACUUCUUACUUCCCGACAGAGGAACUUGAAGGUGUUCCAACUGCACCCGCCGUUGCGGCUGUUAUGGCCGAGCAACAAGCUGGAGGUCAGCCGAUGGCAAUCGGGGAGGAGACUGGUUUGCCAUUCAUUGGAUAUACCUACAAAAGAUUUGAACAUCUUACAAAGCACGGCGGUCUAUGA